CCGUCAACAGACACAAUGGCAGAACAUAUACGCGAGUUUUUCGCUGUAUGUCAGUUUCCCCAGGCUGUAGGGGCGCUAGAUGGUUGCCAUUUUCCUGUUUCCCCUCCAAAGGAUCACGGAAGUGACUAUAUAAACUACAAGGGAUGGUACAGCAUCAUUCUGCUAGCCUUGGUUGACCACCGGUACAGAUUCCGAUACAUAAACGUUGGCUCUCCAGGACGCUGUCACGAUUCAUAUGUGUAUCACAGAUCGAAACUGGCAGAAGCUGUGCAGGGACCGUUGUUUCGCAGCCCACUUGCCACGAUCAAUGGAACAGCUGUACCCCCACUGAUCCUAUGCGAUCAGGCCUUUCCAUUGACACCGAAUUUGAUCAAACCAUUCAGCCACAGAGGACAACUGGACGAUAGUCAAAGGACUUUUAACUAUCAUCUGUCACGGUCUCGACGUAUUGUGGAGAAUGCCUUUGGCAGGCUUAAAGCUAGGUUCCGGUACACCAUGAAAAGGAUGGAGUGCGAUGUUGAUCAUGCUAGACUUGUCAUCCGCGCAAGCUGCAUAUUGCACAACAUUUGUGAACAUUUUGGUGACGCCGUUCUGCAGCAGUGGUAUGCAGAAGUUCAGCACAGCAACGCUGCCUACGAGCAACCGCAGCAUAGUGCUGAUACAGAACAGGGGAAUGGACAUGCAGUGAGGGCAGCUAUUGUGGACUACUUUAAGUGA